AUGGGCCCCAGCCCCGACCUAGAACCCGCCCGCUGCCUGCCACACUGCCGCUUCCUCUAUAAAGGACCCAAGCGCCAGCGCCCAGGACCCCGCACAGCAGGACCCUGCCUCUUCACUCGGGGGGCACGGCCCUUCCUGUGCAACCUGCCUGGAUCCCUAGCCUUACUGGGUCUGGUCCUUGUGGCUUUGGUCCUCUCCAUGACACCUCUUGGACAGCUCUACCUCUUAAGGGUGCUUAGCGCCCCCCCUGCCUUCCUGCUGGGGCUGCUGUUGGCCCUGCCUCUAGGGACCCAGGGACUCUCCGGGGUUCGCUUCUCCGCUGUCAGGGGAGCUCAUCAUCCCCCCCAGAAGCAUUCCACCCAUGGCAUUUUGAAGCCUGCUGCCCACCUUGUUGGAUACCCCAGCAAGCAGAACUCACUGCUCUGGAGAGCAAACACAGAUCGGGCCUUUCUCCGACACGGCUUCUCUCUGAACAACAGCUCCCUCCUGGUCCCCACCAGUGGGCUCUACUUUGUCUACUCCCAGGUGGUUUUCUCUGGAGAAAGCUGCUCCCCCAAGGCCACCCCUACUCCCAUCUACCUGGCCCACGAGGUCCAGCUGUUUUCCUCCCAGUAUCCCUUUCACGUGCCUCUCCUCAGCGCACAGAAGUCCGUGUAUCCUGGGCUACGAGGACCGUGGGUGCACUCAAUGUACCAGGGGGCCGUGUUCCUGCUCAGCAAGGGAGACCAGCUGUCCACCCACACAGAUGGCGUCUCCCAUCUACACUUCAGCCCCAGCAGUGUAUUCUUUGGAGCGUUUGCUCUGUAGAAUCUAGAGGAAACUCAGGCAUUGGUUUCCGGGUCUCCAUUCCGACCACGUUAGCGGUCGCAG